UGAAGGCUCUCAGGAGAUGCUGGUUCCUGUUCUUCCUUGGGGCUGCAGCUUGGGCACACGAGGCUCUGGUGUCCAUCACAUGUGGCCAUACCCGGAUCUCCGUGAUGGUCCCAGCUGCUCUCCUGGGGCCCCGUGUGCUCCAUGGGGAGCUGACCCUGGGGUCUGGCUGUGGGGUGACGGCUGCUGAUGGGGAUGGCUUCCGGCUGGAGCAUCCCCUCAUGGGCUGCGGGACCAGGCUGGAGCUCCUUCCUAACACCAUCCACUACAGCAACAUCCUCCACUACCGCCCCAUAGCCAUGGGGCCCGUGGCUCGCGCCAGGCCCUUCUCCCUGCCCGUGGACUGUUACUACCCCAGGACAGGCAGCGUCUCCUCCGGACCCAUCCGCCCCACUUGGGUCCCCUUCGGCUCCACCGUCGCCCAGCGGAGACGCUUGCGCUUCACCUUGGAUGCCUAUGACAGGACCUGGGCCUCCCGCCUGUUGCAGCCCAUCUAUGGCCGGGGGGAGCUGCUGAACGUGGAGGCAUCGGCGAGCACGGGCCCCAUCCUGCCCGUGAGGCUCCUGGGGGAUGACUGCGAGGCCGCCCCGAGCGCGGGGCCGCGGUACAAGGUCAUGGACAAGGGGUGAGUGAUGGAGGAGC